UCAGAUGAGCGAGAUGGCAAUAAGUCUGAACGAUUCCAGACAGACAGAGCAGCCCAGUGCAGCCUUGAGUGAGCUGACGAACGCCUGGCUGAUCUUCGUCGCUGCGCUCUUACGUUCAGGAAAGGUAUAUACUAUACAUGGUAUAAGCCUUAUAUAUAUUGUCGGCACACUCGGCCUAUUUUCAUAAGAAGGGACCUGCUGACGAGGCCACCCAGCGUUCUUACCUAGAUCAGCCCUGACAAAAAAGCUUUCACUUCGGCUGAGAGGGAACACAACACAAGUCCUCAAGGAGAAGAGAUGCCGUGGCAAGUUCUCAAGAAAAUGAGCGUCAUCACUGUCCUGUUUGGGCUGAAACAUCCCGAUGUCGCCAUGGCGAGCUAUGGGAGCUUAUUGCGCCAGACAAACAUCACUGUCACAAAGCUUAGUGGUCUGACGCCGGUGAAAUCUAUCGCAGUCUCCAGCGAAAUGAUCUGCGCCUUAAAAUCAGCGAUGGACCCUUCAAACCAUUUGAUGUGCCACGUAGACAACGUCUGCUCGUUCUACAAUUUCUCCUAUCCUGCUUAUCAAGAGAUCGACCCUGGAAACGCCUCCCAGUCGUGUUAUACUGACAGAACUGAAGUAUGUCUGCACAACGACAUUCUCUACGAAGAGGGCCAAACUUUGUUAAUAAACUGUGAGAAGCACGUCUGCAUAUACAAUAAAUUCAGACAUGUGGCUGAUGUGUCGAGCAAGAAUUGCGAUGGCAGAUUCUACUACAUGCCAGGCAUCGGUUGCAUCACGGCCGAGCACACUAGCAUGAACCAGUGCCAAGCCAAGACCUUCUGUUCCAACCUGGGGGCCAGGCUGCUCAUUCCCCGGGGCUAUAGCGCUCUGAAGGCUCAUCUGAUGAACUCCACGAUCUUCCCCCCUGGCAACUUUUACUGGGUGGGGAUGGAGAGACUCAAGUGGCUGGACGGGACAGCAGUCUCUGACGAGUACUGGGAGCGAGUCGGUCGUUAUGAGCCGAACUUCACGGGGAUUUGUGGCAGUUUCUAUACAUCCCCAGGCUAUGGACUUUGGGAUGGAUCCUGCUGGGAACAGCUGAGAGUCCUUUGUAUGAAGUGAAGCGUUGCAUCAUCAGUAUCAGCGGGAAUUGAGCAACAUAGCGCGACUUGCUUCUUUUUCCUGCGCGAAACUGCCUUCUGUCACCAGACGUAUAUGUGCUUAUUAAGAAUGCUAUAUAUUGCCAGACUAUGAGAUCUGUAAUGACAGACCAGUUACUAGCUACCAAUCAGUAAAACAAUCUGAAAUGCAUAUGUGAAUAAAUCCUCCUUAAAAACCAGUUUUUUCAUUUCGUAUUACCUGAUGGCUUGAAUCCAUUAGAUUAGUCAGGUCUUUUGAGGAUUUAACUUCAGCGUUAUAAACUAUCUGGUUUUGCUCUUGAGAGAAAUCGUUUAGAAUUGAAGAAGCCUACCUCUGGCAAGGUGUAAAAGCCUAUGAGUUAAUGCCUUUGUAUACAUAUAUAUAUUAUCAUGUGCUGCUACUUUUAUAACACAUAUAUCUUCUCGUAGACUGUAUGAAAUGUUAUAUAUAAGGGUUCUGCAACAUUUUCAGAUUCCUUAUUUAGCUUAGGGUUAUAGGAUGUCUUAAAAUGUAUGUUCAGAUUUCGCAUAAAAUAAUUUAAGUCAAAAUAACGUAGAAUGAAAAGAGAGAGAGAUUAACUUUGUCUGUUCCAAGAUAAAAAUUGUUUCUAUAAUAUGUCAACGCCUCAAGAUAAGAGACCCCGAAGUUUGUAUUGUUUCCACAACUUGUCAUCAUCUCAGAUUAAGAGAUCUCGAGAUCUCCCUUGUGUUUUGGAAACCUGUCAACACAUUUGAUUAGGGACUUCUGUUUCAGAUGCGUACUUCUUUGUCGAUAACCACGCGCAAAUUUCACAAUUUUUCUGUAAAGUUAAGUCACAUUAGAAGCUUCUAGAAAGAUUGCAUCAUCCUUCGCAUGCCCAAAACGUUUUGUGCGAUAUCCACUGUUUCAGCUUCUGUACAAGGAAAGAAAGCAUUCAUUACAGACUUUGAAUUCCUGGCGUUCAGACAUCUACCCCCCCUCUUUCUCUCUCUCUCCCUCGCCAUACUUGACAUAACAUUAACGUAACUUACUGAUUGGUCACUCAUAAAUUUUAGAUUUUGGAUUUCUUUGAGUUAUUUAGUAUUAUUUAGUGCUUUUUGUGGAAUCUGAACAAACAUUGUACAAGUGUGUAACGGCGCCUUUUAUUUUUAUUUUUUGAAAUGUUGUGAAUUGUGUGGUGAAAUUUUAGAGCCAGCUGCAGCAGAAAGAAACAAUUGGUACCAAGGUAAAGUGUUAUUUUAAAUUUAUUAGUUGCAACUAAUAGUUACAGUGUUUCAUAAAACAAGUUUAAAUUUUUACACAUUGCAAAUUUUUAUGUUUUGUGUUUCUUUUCUGAUUGAAGUGAUUAUUUGAGCAUUUGUCCAUAUUUUCUUAUUGA